AGCGCCGGGCGGCGGCGGCGCGCACUAUGGCUCCGGCUGGGGACCGGGACGGCUACUGGGGCUCCACGACCUCCACGCUGGAUUGGUGUGAGGAGAAUUACACCGUGACCUGGUAUAUCGCCGAGUUCUUGGUAGGAAUGGGAUCCUGGUGCUUCCACAUGACUCUGAAAUAUGAAAUGCAGCUAUUGGAUGAACUCCCAAUGAUUUACAGCUGUUGUAUAUUUGUGUACUGCAUGUUUGAAUGUUUCAAGAUGAAGAAUUCAGUAAACUACCAUCUGCUUUUUACAUUAGUUCUGUUCAGUUUAAUAGUAACCAUAGUUUACCUUAAGGUUAAAGAGCCUGUAUUCCACCAGGUGAUGUAUGGAAUGUUGGUCUUCACAUUAGUACUACGAUCUAUAUAUAUUGUUACCUGGGUUUAUCCAUGGCUUAGAGGACUGGGUUAUACAUCAUUGGGUAUAUUUUUAUUAGGAUUUUUAUUUUGGAACAUAGAUAACAUCUUUUGUGAUUCACUGAGGAACUUUCGGAAGAAGGUACCACCUAUCAUAGGUGUUACCACACAGUUUCAUGCAUGGUGGCAUAUUUUAACUGGUCUUGGCUCUUACCUUCACAUCCUUUUCAGUUUAUAUACAAGAACUCUUUACCUAAGAUACAGGCCAAAAGUGAAGUUUCUCUUCGGAAUCUGGCCAGUCAUCCUACUUGAGCCUCUCAGGAAGCACUGAUGAAUUAUUCUGCCAAGAAAACAAAACAAAACAAAAAAAAUCUACGAUUGUCCUGGCAGAAUGAAUAAAGAAAUUCUUAAAAAUCUACAUGUUCAAAUAUAUCAUGACCACUGCAGCAAAGGAAUGACUUUCUAACAAUGCUGCCAGCCAUGCAGAGGAUGAGAAAUGGGACCUGUUGGGUGUUUAGCUCCUAUCUUUAUCUCAU